UAAGAAAGUAAACAUCAAAGAGCCGCGGCUUCCUAAGAGUUACUAGUAAUGGAAGAAUUAUACCAUUGCUAUAUCUACUACUGCAAUAGUUAUUAUAGUGUUGUAAUGAGCUUCUAUAGAGUUAUAUACCCAAGCAAUGCUCCCCAAAAGAAUCUAUACAACCGUACGCAAGAUCUAAUUAUGGCUCUCCUUAAUAUAGAGUUGCCAAAUGCACCCAGUUUGGGGCUUUUAGGACUUCUAGUCCUGGCUGGUUCUUCACUAUUCUUUACAAUCUGGGUCUUUUAUUCCCGUUUUUAUCAUUUGAGGCAGUUUCCUGGCCCUCCCUUAGGAGUUUAUAGUAGACUAUGGCUGCUGAAGGCUAUGAGGUCGGAGCAAAGCGCAGAAUGGUUUCAGGGAGUAAACAAGAAAUACGGUAAGCACUGCCACUUUCGAAGUAGUUUGAAAAAAAGACAUCAUUCAUAAGUGACAUGUAUCAGAGUUGAUUUCUGACAAUCAGUAUUGUGACAGGCUCAAUCGCCAGAAUUGGACCCAAUCUUCUUAUAACAAGCGACCCAGAUACCUGGAGAAAAGUCCUUGGGAUUCGCUCGAAUUAUGAACGAGGUUCAUGGUUCGAUUGUCUGAGGAUUGAUCCCCAUCGUGCAAAUUUGAUCACGGAGCGUGAUAGAAGCAAGCAUAAUGUGCUGCGAUACCAGAUGGCAAGUGGUGUAAGGAAUGUCCUGCCAAAACGUUCUUGUAAAAUGACUGAUUCGAUCUCGAAUAGUAUGAUGGCAAAGAUAUUGAGGGGCUGGAAGCUACUAUAGACAACAGUAUGAAAGAGUGGAUCGCAUACAUAGAACAUAAGGCAAUAUCGACUUCCCAAGCCAUGAAACCAUUUGAUAUUGCGCGAAGCAUCCAAUGGCUCGACUUUGACCUCAUCUGCCAGCUAUGCUUCGGGCAUGGGCUUGGCUUCAUCGCGAACCACAGCGACCGCUAUGACUUCCAGAAAACCCUCGAAGAGAGACUUCCAAUAGUGGAACAGAUCGGGGUUUUGGCAGAGUUUGGUAGCAUUCUCAGAUUCAUCUCCAAAGUCCCCUUCCUCAAUCGAGUAUUGCCAUCAGCAAAAGACAAAUCUGGCGUUGGAAAGAUUCUUGGGGUAAGCCACACUGCAUUGAAUGCUUUUCUUUGUGUUCAAGAUUCCAACUAAAGUCAUAAAGCUCGCUCGCGCUGCUAUCGAUGCUCGUUACACACCCAAUUUCGUGCCCCGCAAAGACUUACUAGCAGCCUGGCUAGAUCGAGGAAUGGACCGUUCUCAAGCCGAGACCGAAAUGGUCAUAGCACUGUAAGCCAUAUGCCCAUUCAAUUAUGUUGAGCGUUGUUAACAGUUCUCAGUUUCGCGGGAUCCGACACAACUUCCACAGCUAUCCGAGGCAUCCUUCUUCACAUCAUUACAUCACCACCCGUGUACACGCGUCUAAUCUCGGAAAUCUCCGCCACUUACACACAUCAAUCCCGAUCAGAAGUUACAUCAUAUGCAACAGCGAGAAACAUCCCAUAUCUUCACGCUUGCAUCAAAGAAGGUCUAAGACUUUUCCCACCAGUCACCGCACUGCGGCAGCGGGUAACUCCACCGGAGGGUGACAUCCUUGGAGGAAUACAUGUUCCAGGCGGAGUCGACAUCGGAGUCAACAUAACGGGGAUACUAAGACACGAAGCAACCUUUGGGACUGACGCAGAUAUGUUCAGACCAGAGCGGUGGUUAGAGACACCACAACCGCAGCUUCGGCAGAUGGAGCGAGUGCAUGAGCUACUUUUUAAUAUGGGCACCACACGCUGUUUGGGUAUAAAUUUGGCAAUGAUGAUGAUGCACAAGUUCUUUGCUGAGGUCUUCCGACGGUGGGACAUUGUAAUCGUGAAUCCUACCCGCCCUUGGGAUAGCAGGUGUCAUGGCGUAUUCCAGCAAAAAGACUUCUUUGUUCGCAUCACAUCUCGUCCAGGUCAUGUUGAGGAGAGACUAGUAUAAUCUUUGAUCAGCUAAGCUUAUAUUUUUGAGCUGCGAGGCAUAGCAAGGUUCGCGGCACAUUUUAUGGCUAUGUCCAGAUUGAUUGAAGGGUGGUUUGAAUUGAAAGCCUCUCGUCAAAUAUUUCUAUGCAGGAGAGUUAAAUAAGAAUUACAAGUUUUCAAUGCAAUGAAGAUACUUUGUGCAUGCCUUCUCAG